UUGUCGGUCUGCCAGAGUAAGGUGCAUCACGCUGCACUCGUGGAAAGCGCAUUUUCCGUUGCAUUCGGCCCGGAGCUACAUUCGUUGCGUUCGCACGCUUUUGACGCGCUUUUUGCCCAACCUGCGUAUGUCUAGUGCUUUCCAAUACAUUGUUGUAGGCCAACAAUAGAUACAAGAUUAUGGAUUGUCGAGUUGUGUUCUUAUUUUGUCUGGUGGCGCUUCUGUUGGCUAUCGCUGAAUGCCGGACAAAAAAAGUGGUCAUUCACGUGCCGUACAAAGUGAAGAAGAUAAAGCAUACGCACACAGUAUACAAGACCAUUCAUCAUCACCACACGCACCACGAUCCGCAUCUUGACCACGCGCUGUCGCCCUCGGAGGAGCAUGAGCAUUUCCACCACAUGCACAUUCACGAGGAGCCGCCAGUGGGUCAACACAGCCAGCCUGUGCCUGGCAUUAGCAUUCCUGAGUUCUUGCCUGACGUCCCCUUGGACGUCCCGUUGGACCUCCCAGAUAUCCCUCGUGAGCUCCCAGUGCUACCGAACCGGCAUGUGAUUCCUCUCUACAGACGCACAUAGAUCGUAGAGAGAAUAUCAGUGAAGGUAGUCGAAACAAAAAAGCCAUAAAUGCGUUUGAAGUAAGUCCCAUGCUUAUAAAUAUUAUGAAAAGAUGAAGAACUUUGCAUAUUGUCGAUGAUGUUUAACAAGUGCUUUUGUUAAAUAGUACUUGUGCUUUUGUUGCGCCAAGAAUCCUAAAUUAUUAUAUUAUUUUACGAGCUUAGUCUCACAAAAUUGUACAAAUAUUAAUGAUUUACGACGUCUUCCAUUAAAAGAUUUGUUUUCUAUCAAUUUAAAUGCCAAAGACUCAAGACUGUUUGUUUUAUAACUUUAAUUUGCAACGUUACACAGUGAACAUGUACUGCGAUUUAAUUAAUUAAAUAAUUAGUGAAAUGCUUCACAUUAUUUUUAUUAUAUAGGUAGUCUUCCUGACAUCAAACUAUUUUAAUGUUCAUUUAUUUGUGUAAUGAUUGUUCACAUGCUGAUUGGUUGACAUAUAACAUUAUAAUAUUAUUUGUUGUACUGACUCAAUGGCAUUUAGUUUACUUUACUCAUUACCGAUUCUAUUUUUCAUCUUUUCAAUUUUAAGCCUGCUCUAUUUAUUAAUAUAUUAGCUUUAAUUUUGUUAAAUCAUACAAACAAUUAAUACCAAAUAAAUUAUGAAUACUAAUAUCUUAUCAAUUUAAACAGGUUGAUGAUUUGAUUGCUUUAAUAUUUGUUAUGUUUUAGAAUUCAUAACGUAGCAUUUAUUCUAUCUGUCUGUAGUCUGUAUUAAGUGUAACUAGUAACUAAUUGUUUUGUCGGAAGUUUUUAAUGUCUACAAAAAGUAUUUCUUGACAAAAACGUGUUACGAGAUGCCCCAAAGAUGCUAUUUUUUGUGAUUUGAGUUUACGUUACACUAAAAUGCUGUAAAGUUAUUUAUCUAACGCUUAUUAUUCUUAAUAACAUUGUAAUGUUAUGCAGCCAGCAUUGGAGCUUAGCAUAUUGAAUUAUAGCAUUGCUAAAUCAUAUAAAAUAAUUAAAUAACUUAUAAAGAGUUGUUUGCGAACAUUUGAAUUCGAACGAUUA